AUGCGUAUUAAGCUGGCGGUCGACGACGGGGCAGCCCGCAGUGACUCAGGUUCUGCGCCUGCGUCGUGCUGUCAAUUGCUCUGGGGAAAGGAGCGGGCCAUGCUGCUGCACGUGACUCGGGAGGUUUGGGGAUCCAGGGUCCGAGCAUGGCCCCUGUUGCCCAGCGCGCUCCUCGGGCCUCCCCGGGCCCUGUCGUCGUUGGCAACCAAGAUCGGGGUGUACCGCAAGCUUUGGAGCCCCACGGAGCCCCGCGAUUGGGCCCAGCAGUACCGCGAACGUUUCAUUCCAUUCUCCAAGGAGCAACUGCUCCACCUCCUGAUACAGGAUUUUCACUCCAGCCCCACACAGAAGGCAGCUUUGGAGGAAUUCUCAGCCCGUGUGGACUUCUGUACUCUCUUUCACUACCACCAUGUCCUGGCUGAACUGCAGGUCCUGUAUGACCCCAUCAAUCCUGACAGGGACACCCUCCAUGAACCUUCGCUCACUGACCCCCAGCGUCUGGCCAACGAGAAAGAGGUGCUUCGGGCUCUGGGGCCCCUGCUGGACCAGGCCAACUUCUCCCAGCUGUCCGAGGACACCUUGGCCUAUGCACUGGUGGUCCACCACCCCCAGGAUGAGGUCCAGGUGACAGUGAACUUGGACCAGUACAUCUAUAUACACUUCUGGGCCCUGGGCCAGCGAGUCGGGCAGCUGCCCGCAAUGCCCAGUGCAAGUUCCAGACGUGGCUUCUUCUUCAGGCCAAGCCCUGCAGAGAGGCGGUACUUCAAGCGGGUGGUGCUGGCAGCUCGCACCCGGCAGGGCCGCCUGGUGCUCAAGAGCUUCAAGGACACCCCACUCGAGGGCCUGGAGCUGCUGCUGCCCGCGCUCAAGGUGCGCACGUCGGGGCUGCAGCGAGCCCUGCUCAACCUCAUGCUGCUGGGCUCUGGGGCUGCCCUCUUCGUCAACGUGGCCAUGGUGGCCCUCUCGGACCUCAAGGUGGCCACGUCGCUGCUGCUGCUGCUCUUUGCCGCCGUCAUGGGCCUGCGUGCCUCCAAGGUGUUCGGGCAGCGGCGCAACGCGCAGGCGCUGGAGCUGGCGCACAUGCUCUACUACCGCAGCACGUCCAACAACGCCGAGCUGCUCUGCGCCCUGGCCCGCCGCGCGCAGGACGAGCACGCCAAGGAGGCGCUGCUGGCGCACAGCUUCCUGGAGCGGCGGCCCCCGGGCCUGAGCCCGCGGCCCGAAGAGACCUCCCGGUGGCUCCAGUCCGAAGUGGAGAACUGGCUUCUGACCCAGUCGGGCUUUGAGGUGACCUUCAAUGGAGCUCGGGCCCUGGCCCACCUGCAAGCCUUGGCCUCCACCGGUGGAGUGCCCCCGCCCCCGGGUUGCCCCACACUAGAUCCACUAGCCACGACCAUCCCCAGGGGUUCAGCAGCCAGUGGCAGCGACCACCCUGGCCAGAAAUCUCUAGCCCCUGACCCACCCGACCACCUGGUAGGGCACUAAGGCCCAACCAAGCCUUCUUCACUCCCCAGACAAGCUGUCAAUUACUGCUGCGAUGCUUUGCCUGCCUCAUAUUUUAUUUUUAUUUUAUAUUGUUAUUAUUAUUAUUAUUU